CUCGAGCCCUCAGCACAUCAACAUCGGGAAUCAGUGGAUCGUCGUUCUGACUUCAAGAUGAUCCAACCAUGUUUGCCUCCGAUCAGGACAUCGUGCCCUCCAGUCAAGACGACGAGCGUGUCUGUGGACUCCGAACAUCGCACUCCGCUGCGGAGGUCGCACCGACAUCCGACCGCCUUGACUUGUUGAGGCGUGCUUGCAAUGGGCUCAAAGAGGAUGGCUCGCAAUUACCUAUCAAUGCGAUCAACGAGGCAGAAGAUAUGCUUGAUGAUAUGUACAAUAUUCUGAAACGACUGAGGCGGAGAGUCGGUGGAGAAGGGAGGUCCGCAACGCGUUAAACUUGGUACAUCUCUACUCACGAGGGAAUCGUGGCGGCGAAGCUUACUGUUAAUUUUAUCCAAUACUUUAUCGCACGGACAACGCACUUUUACGACGAUGUUCUUUAGAACUUCGAUGAAAGCUAUACAUACCAAGAUGAUGUUGUACCGGGAGUAGUUGGCAAUGUGCAUGAUUUUCC